GCGUGCAAGGAGCUCUACGAGGUUCCCGGCGGUGACCAGGUUGCUGCUGUCCCUCCUCGGGGAGCUCAGCGGCGACCUGGCCCGUCGGUGGCCUCCUCGAGCCGCAUUGUGCGGACAGGUUUUCUGUGCGCACACGUAUCGUACUCCACUGUGCAUCUCGUGUACGGGCCGUCCCAUAUCUUCGGGUACUUCGUUGGCUGCGACGACCUCCUCUCCGUGGGCCUACAGACGACAGGUGCCAGGUUCUCUGUUGUGUCAAGUGAGACAGCUCCUAUUGGAGCAGGUGCAUAGGCCGCUUGCUUUGAUCGCACUCGUUGCAUUUGUUAUCUUGUACUUCCAGGCCGCUUGUUUUGUACUUGUUGCAUUGUCUGCUUGUACUUCCAGGCCGCUUUUGAUUGUGCUCGCCGCAUUUGUUAUCUAGUACGAGUUGCUCUCAGCACGUAUCCAAUUUUGACUUUGGUCGCAGUCUGAGUACUCAUAUUCACAACGCAGUGGGAAUCUUCGAGGGGUGGUUGGAAUCGUGUCUUUCGUGAGUUAGAAGUUGCAGUUCGAGAUGCAGUUCGAGUUUCUUCAGUACUUUGACAGUUUUGUGACAUCGGAGUAUCUUGAUAUUGAGGUCUUUGGGCAUCCGAUUUCAUAUUUCGCCUCGAGUGAAGUUCAGAAUUCAUUGUACUUGAUAUUGAGGUCUUUGAUAUUGAGGUCAUACGUCGCCUCGAGUGGAGUUCAGAACUCAUUGCACUUGAUUUCCACAUACUUCGAGUUAGAACUGUUGUGAUUUGUCAUUGCGUUGCCAUUAUUCAUGCCUGUGUGUGUUGUCGUGCAUGCACGUGUGUUGAAUAAGAGCUUCGCCUGAUCUUCACUUUGUUCGGAUAAGAGCCCGCAUUCGCUCUAAGUAGUGGUGGGUGUCUUGGCUCACUCUGUAUGUUGCGCGUUGAGUUCGUUAUCUAGUCCACAUUUCGACGUUGUGUUUCACGUGCAUGGUCUUCCAGUGGUGCUGAGACGGUAAUCGCUAUAUGUGGUUACUGCAUGGUCUCGCAUUGCUUUGAAGCGCACUCGCUAUUGUAGUUCUCUUAGUUUCGUGUUUGUCUCAGUGGUGUUGAGACGGUAAUCGCUGUAUAAACCAGUGUCUACUGUAUGGUCUCUCACUUCUUCUAGCUUUGCUUCCAUAUCUAUGGCCUGCAUUGCUUCACUCAUUAGAUUGUUAGUUGUUUUCUCGUGUACUUGCAGUCUUGUGCAUUUCUGUACAGCUUCGCUGUUUGAUGCAUCUCUGCUUUAAUCUUUGCAGUUUCGCUGUUUAGGUUCUCUGUGUCCUGGCCUGCUCCCUUGGGAGCUCGAAUCGGCCAACGCAGACAUCGCAGACCAUGUUGCGGUACCCCUUUCGAGUGCAGAGUUUUCUUCGGCACCCAAAGUGCAGACAGAUUCCGAUGUCACGCUCAAUGUUGUAUUGAAUCCAGGCUGUGCGCAGAGGGCUCCUUCGUCUGAUGCAAGGUCUCAGGAGUUGGUUCUCGAUGUAUCCCUUUCGAGAGCGGAGUUUUCUUCGACACCGAACGUGCAGGCAUAUUCUGAUGUCGCCCUCAAUGAGGUAUCGAAUCCUGGUUCUGAUGCGUCUGUCCGUGUCGCUUCUUCGGAGUCGCGCCAGAGGACUCGAGGGAGAGAUCGUGACAAGGUCAAGGGGACCUCGACGUGCUCUCAGGCCACCAAUGCCGAUGUCAAAGCGUGGAUUGACGCUGUUGCCAGCAUGAACGAGUUGAAUGCGAUCCAGUAUCUGAAGAACGGAACGGAUUUGUUUGAUAAGCUGGCGACAGAACGUGGGUUCCCUACAAAGAGGGCCCAAACAUAUUAUGCUUGGAAACUGUAUGAGAUGCUCCAGAAUGUGCAAGCGACGUUGGAGGAUCUUCUAGAAUUCUUCGAGGUGCACAGGUACUUGACAGGACACAUGAACCGCGCCGAGACUGCCAAGUUUCUCGAGGUUUCCAAGUGCAGCGAUUACCGAAUACAAUUCUUCGGACGCCCGAGGAGUUUCGACAAGUGCAGCGAUUCCCAAUACAGGUGAAACUCUACGUGUUUCGACGUGCGUGGUUCCUCCGACAGGUUCGCACCUUGAGUGCAACGACAGAGGCAGAAAGCAAAUUUCCCCAAAUCGUCGUAACAUUAUGGGCGUGGCCGCACUGGCAAGUACCUGCAUCUUUCAGUGGGGUUGGAAUCCAAGCUUGGGUGCAUCCUUCAACGUAUUAUUUCAGUGUGUGCAUGUUCAGUUCUUGGCCAGGUUUCUCUGGCUCUCAUGUCGUAAUUUUAUUUUCGCCUCAUCAGUUGUUGUCACUGUUGGAGGGUUUCAGUUGCCUUGUGCAUUCUACCGCGGAGCGUGUUUUGUAUGAUGCUCCCUCAGGUGGGUCAACUCUUUAUGCAAUGUUGUUUCGAGCAUGAUAUUCGAGUCUCAGACACUUGUCUAUAUUUGUCGGCGCCAACUACCACUCCUUAUAUUGCACAGCUACGCUGAUUUAUUUUCUGUGCUGUUCGUUCCUUGUCAUCAGAUGUCGGUGCCAACAACCGCUCUUCAUAUAUUGUACAGCUACGUUGUUUUGCUUCUUGUGUAUGAGACUUGACUUUGCUUGACUUUGUUGCUCAUCUUUGCAUUUGUGUGAUUCUCUUAUAUUCCGACUGUUUCGCAGACUGGUGUUAUAAGAGUUGAGUUGACUCGCAAUGGUGAAAUUAGAGUUCGCCUGAGACUUCGUUGGACCUGGCCUCAGUGGCCAUGAUGGUCCCAGCAAAGACGCAAAGACGCAAAAUACCAGGUUGACGGUUCACCGCUGGCGCCAGUUCCGGCGCGGGAUGGAGCUAGUUGGUUGACCCGUCCAGAAGAGACAAAGUGAGAACUUUUGGUCGGUUUUGCUGGUAUUUGAAAGAUAUACCUCGUAGAGCUCUCCGGCAUCGAUGAACUAGAGGAAUUCCGCCUCGGGGUGCAGCUAGUUGACCCACCCGGCCCGGGCGGACAAUGUGACGACUUUGGGUCGGUUUAGCUAAUAUUAUUGACAACGAAAAAUACAAUUUCGACGUUUUUCUAGAAAUGCUCCGAUAAGCUCUCUGCUUUGAAUCUAAGCACUCUUACGCGUGCAAGGAGCUCUACGAGGUUCCCGGCGGUGACCAGGUUGCUGCUGUCCCUCCUCGGGGAUCUCAGCGGUGGCCUGGCCCGUCGGGGGCUUCCUCGAGCCUGUCUCCUCAGGCUGCCCCCUGGGCGGCCGUGUGCGCGCGGGCGGGCCGUGCAAUAAAUUCGGGUACUUCGUCGGCUGCGACGACCCGCUCUCCUUGGGCCUACAGACGAUAGGUGCUGGAGGCCAGCUCUGUUUGGCAUCAGAAGUGGGACUGACUUCAACGCAUAGGUCGCUGUCGUCGCUUUGUACUUGUUUGUACUGCCUGCUUGCGCUUUCUCCAUUAUUGUUCUUGCACGCGUGUGUAUUCUUUGACAUUGAGGUACUUUGACAGUUCUGUGACAUUGGAGUAUCUUGAGAUUGAGGUUCUCUGCAUUGUAUCGGCGUGCCUGUUUUCAUUCUUUCUUUGAAUCGUAUCGAUCAGAAUUCAAGAUACUUGAGUGCGUUAUCAGACAUUCAGUUAUGCAGGUGGUUCAAGAUACUGAGUGCGUUAUCAGACAUUCAGUUAUCCGUGAGUUACUUCUUGAGUGCGUUAUCAGACAUUCAGUUAUCACAUAUUUGACGUGAGCAUACGACUCUUGUCUUACCGCGGGUUGUUACGACAUAUUUCGGACUUUGUGUUUGCGUUGACUCUUGCCAUGCUGUGUGUGUGUGUGUGUCGGACAUGCGCGCAUGUUGGUAUAAGAGCUCCGCGUGAUCUUCACUUUGUUCGGAAUAAGAGUUUUGCAUUUGCCCACUCCCGCUCAAAGAGUGGUGGGUGUCUUGCCUGACUCUGUGCACAGUCGACCGCAAAUUCGUUGUGUUUCACGUGCAUGGUCUUUCAGUGGUGCUGAGACGGUAAUCGCUAUAUGUGGUACCACAUGGUCUCGCAUUACUUUGAAGUGUACUCGUCAUUUUAGUUGUUAGUUUUGUGUUUGUCUCAGUGGUGUUGAGACGGUAAUCGCUGUAUACACCAGUGGUUACCGUAUGGUCUCUCACUGCUUCUUUUCUCAGUGGUGCUGAGACGGUAAUCGCUGUAUGUGGUUACUGCAUGGUCUCGCAUUGCUUUUAUUAUUUAUUCCAUUUUAGUUGUUUCUUAGUGUGAUAUGCGCUCUUGGGCAUUGCUGUACAGCUUCGCUGUUCGUACGCUCAGCGUUUUGCUCUCAGGCUCUGUUCUGAGUUGCUUUGUGUGUUCGGUCUGCCUCCGUGGAGGCUCGAAUCGACCGUCUGGAAAAGACCGCAAAAGACCAGGUUGACGGUUCACCGCCGGCGCCAGUAAUUCCGGGGCGCUGGAGAGCUAGUUGGC